AUGGGCGAGGGAGGCUUCGGAAAGGGAAAGCCUGACGGUAAGGGCAAGAAGGGUAAGAAGGGUAAGAAGGGCGGCAAGAAGGGAGCCGAAGAGAAGGAGUGGGUGCCGUGCACCAAGAUCGGGCGCCUAGUUAAGGAGGGUAAGAUCACUUCCAUCGAGGACAUCUACUUGCACUCUCUGCCAAUCAAGGAGUAUCAGAUCAUUGACCAGUUCUUCCAGCCAGGCACUCUCAAGGACGAGGUGAUGAAGAUCCAUCCAGUUCAGAAGAUGAGUUCGGCUGGUCAGACAAACCGCUUCGUGUGCUACGUCCUUGUCGGCGACAACAACGGUCAUAUCGGCCUGGGGUCGAAGUGCUCUAAAGAGGUGGCCACGGCCAUCCGCGGCGGCAUCAUCGCAGCCAAGCUGAGCCUCAUCCCCGUGCGGCGGGGGUACUGGGGGAACAAGAUCGGCCUGCCGCACACGGUGCCGAUGAAGGUCGCUGGCAAGUGCGGCUCGGUGCGCGUCCGGCUUGUUCCAGCGCCUCGCGGCUCGAGCGUCGUGGGCUCCCCCGUGAUGAAGAAGAUGCUCGCGUUCUGCGGUAUUCAGGACUGUUUCAGCUGCUCCUGCGGGCACACCAGGACCAAGGGCAAUUUCAUCAAGGCUACGUUCGACGCCCUCAGGGCGACCUUCGGCUACCUCACGCCAGACCUCUGGAAGCCGACGCACUUCAUCAAAUCCCCGUUCCAGGAGUGGUCGGACUAUCUGGCCCAGUCGAAGGCUGUCGCCUACUGA